AUGGAGCGUAUUGGUCCAGCAAUAGACAUUGCCAUUGAGAGAGUGAAUAGAGAUAUCUUGAAUGGAAGUUACCAGUUAGUCACCAUUGAGAAGCCGUACGGCAAAUUCUGUAGUGGAUCUACUGCACCAGGCAUUGUUGCAGAUCUUGUAAAAGACCAUGCCAUUAUAGGUUUGAUUGGACCUGCAUGUGCUUAUGCAUUGGAUCCAACAGCAAAGUUGGCAAACUACUGGAACAUUCCAAUUGUAACAGGUUUUGGAGACGGUGGAUUAUUCAAGAACAAAACUGAAUACCCCACACUUACAAGACUAGCCUAUUGUCAAUGUCGAUUACGAAAGGUAUUCGGCAGUAUAUUUAUAGAGUUCAAAUGGACAAACAUUGCAAUUAUAUAUGACAUCAAUGACCUUCAUUCAAGAGUACUGGGCACAACUUUGCAGACAGGUCUCCAAAAACAACAGAUUUUCCCAAAAAUGUUUAGAUACUAUGGGAAUCAAAACACGAGCUACAAAGACAUUUUAUUACAAGUUAAAAAAGUUUCUAGGGUUAUCUUACUCAUCGUACCUGGUGACUCUCUCCGAGAAUUCAUGCUGGAUGCAUUUGAUCUUGGUUUUAUACAAUCUGGUGAAUAUGUUUUUAUGGAUGUUUGGCUAUUUCCGUUUCCGGGACAAUAUUGGGGGAAUCAUGAUUGGCUAAGAAACGACUUACGUGAUCAAGAGGCAAAGCUUGCGUAUGAAUCGUUAUUUCGAAUAAGCUUACAGGUGCCAACAUCAGUAGAAUGGACAAACUUUACCAAUGAUGUUAAAUUACUUGCACUGUCAAAAUACGGGUUCAACUUUACUAAUGAAGAGGUUAACUUUUUCAUUGGUGCCUUUCACGAUUCUGUUAUAUUAUUUGGAAUGGCAUUGAAUGAAUCCCUAGAAGCGGGAAGUUUAACAGGAAAUAUUGACGGCUAUAAUUUUACACGAAAUAUGUGGAACAGAAUAUUCAAUGGCAUUACAGGACAAGUUAUUAUUGAUGAUAAUGGCGACAGAGACACCAGUUAUUCCAUCCUUGAUAUGGACCCGGUUACUGGCAAGUUUCAGGUUGUCGCCGAUUUUUUUGGUGAUCGACAAUAUUACAAUCCUGUUCCUGGUAAAUCUGUUCAUUGGGCUGGAGGAAGAACAGCACCACCACUUAACAAACCAGUCUGUUGGUAUGAAGGUGACAAUCCAGAAUGUCAUAUCAGUGAGAAAGUUGACAUGUAUGCCUUAAUAUUUAGUUCUAUGGGUGUGUUGUUGGUUGUGGCGUUUAGUGUGUUGUUCUACAGACAUAAGAAACAUGAGCAGGAUAUAUUAAACGAUUCAUGGCGUGUCAAGUAUGAUGAUCUAGAGUUUAAUUACAACAAUGUCACAGCCAGUUGUUAUUCAAUGGUUUCUGAAAAGUCGUCAAAACAUCACCAAACAGGCACUGCUUCAAAAAAUGUUGCUAACUACAUGGGUAAAGUUUUGUAUGUGAGAGAGGUAAAGAAGCAGAAGAUUAGUAUUACAAGAAAAGUUCUCAUUGAAGUACAACAGGUUAGAAGUUUUCAUCAUGAAAAUCUGUCAAGAUUUGUUGGUGCAUGUGUUGAGCCGUCUCAUAUUUUAAUCCUGUACGAAUAUUAUCGGAAGGGAACAUUGGAGGAUUUACUUUAUAACGAUACUAUUACAUUAGAUUGGACAUUCAGGUUAUCAUUGCUGAAAGAUAUUGCAAAGGGAAUGAAGUACUUACACAGUUCAGCAUUGAAAUAUCACGGAUCUUUACGGUCUUCUAAUUGUGUUGUUGAUGGAAGAUUUGUAGUAAAGAUAUCGGACUUUGGACUCCCAUCGUUUAGUGAUGAUAUUGUUAUGGAAAGCGAAAAAUCCCGAAAAAUAUAUCAUAGUACGUAG